CGUCACACAAGUUUGCUCAUUUCUUCUUCGACGCCAUUUUUUAAUUAGCGAAAAAGUUCAAAAUAUUCCACAUAAAUUACAGUUUUUCAUAGAUUUGUACUCAUUUUUUCGGCAAAAAACAUUUACUGAAAUCUUUUUGGAACUUGGUAUUACUACAGUAAAUUUGUUGAAACGACGUGAAUUUUGAUCGGUCAUCGUUCUAUUCUCUGAGGUCAUGGAUCAUCCACAAACGAAGCAAAAGUUAUCCCACCCAGUCGGUCGAGAUGGCAGUGAAGAUGCUGGCGCUGGUCCGUCAAAUGUGGAAUCGUCACCAAAAAUAUUCAAACUAAGCAUUGAUUGUAUGGACGAAAUAUUUGAAUAUUUGUCGCUGAAAGAUUUGCAUUCAUUUGGACAAACAUGCAAGCGGAUGAAUAAAGUGGCCGGCGAAUAUUUCAAACAAAAUUAUUCAUCGGUUCAAACAUGGUUCAACAAUGGCAAUGGAAUUCGAACGUAUUAUUCGGACAAAGAUGGAGUCAGGUUUCAAUGGAUUAAAAUAUCGGGCUUCAGUCAAUUCAUACCAAGCAUUUUAAUUGUUGAUGGCGAUUUCAAUUAUAUUCAAUCUCGUGUAAGUGACUUUGAGUCAGUUGAACGCAUUUCCAUCGAACUUUCAAUCAUUGACAUCGAAAGAAUUAAGUUUAUUCAACAAUUGUUGGGCAAACUAGAAAUGGUGGAACUCUUCCAUUGUUCGAUUGACG